AUGGGAGAACUCGAUACAAACAGGUCCGAAUCUAACGAUUCAGAUUUGGAAUUUUGAACUGAGCUUGACAAGGUAUUUUUUGAAUCAGAAACCACCUCUACAAAAUAAAAUUUUUGCUAAUUUUGCUUAUCAACUCUUUUCUCAAAAAUCUCAACAAUUAAAAGAUUUAAAGCAGAAAUCAAGUAUCCCAGAUCUAAACCCUGAAAUUAAUAUCAAAAACACAACCGAAAUCGGCUCGAAUUGAUCAAUCGAGAUCCUCAAAGAAAAGCUCACAAGGAUACGGCAAGCUAAAGACGAAGAAUUAGCUGCUAAUUCAAUUGUGAUUCGAAAUCGGACGAAAAAUCAUUAUAAAGACAUGUUUAAAGAGCUCGAAACUAAGUACACCCAAGAUAUUGGAGGCUUAAUUAACGAAUAUGAAGAGCUUAAAAUGCUUGCUUUCUAUAAAGACAAAACUAUUGCCCAACUGACUUCAAUGCUAAUCGACCUUGAAAUUUUUUUUUCCACACAAAGGCUCGAUCUAAAGUCUUUAGGAACCGACCCUAAUAAAUCACCGAAAGAAAAUCCCGGCCUACAAUUUUCUCAAGAAAUUAUAAAUUUAUCAAAUCAAAUAGAAAAUAUGAAAGAAGUUUGUCUUAUAUAUCAAGAAGAUACAAAUAAAGCUAAAGAAAAGGCAAAAAAGGCUAAAGAAAAGAAGGAAAAAUUAAAAAAAUUUUACGAAAAAGAAAUUGAAAACUUGAAAAAUAAUUUUGAGAUGAAGGAAAAAGAAUGAGAAGAGGUAAAACAGAGGAUGGAAAUUGAGUAAAAUAUAAGCAGAUUCGAAAAAUAUAAAAAAAAUGCUGAAAAAGAGCUAGAAGUCAGGGAGCUUAUUGAUAAUCGAGCUAAAGAGCAUAUUAAGUCAUUGCAGGAAGAGCUUAAAAAUGCAAAAGUGGUAAUGCAGAAUCCUAGACUCCGUAUGAAAAUUAGGGAAAAACUAAGUGAGUAUAUGGCAGACCACGAAAAGUCUUUAAAUGAGUCAAUGAGGCCUGCAUCUGUUCUUCCUUCUCAAAAUUUUCAUCGACGAAGAAUUCACCAUAUAAAAAAUCGAUCAUCUGCCAACCAAAAUGCCUCCUUCGACCUUUCUUCUUCUCUUGAAGAAGACAGCUUAUCACUUAAUGGAAUUUUUGCUCGAAAAAUCUCUACUCCUUACUGUGCUCCUUCUUCUCGACGAAAAGCUGCAUCUUCCAGCUUCUCUUAUGGCUCUACUAAAACUCCGACACCUACUCUUAUGUAA